AUGAGCUCAGCAAAUUCUUUUCUUCCAUCAACAGCCUAUCAUGCAUCAAACACGCGUUAUUCGACUUCACAGACAGCAACAACAACAGUCUCGUCUUCAUCAUUCAAUAUUCUUUCAAAUAAUGUACAGCAACAACUGAAUGAUUUAAAUUCGACACGCUCGUCCACAUCUUCGUGUUCGACAUCUCAUUGUCUAAGUAAUCAGUGUUUGGAAUGCACAACUAUUCUCUCAACACGACCAUCACAGUCAAGAUGUAUUCUCAAUUCUUACAUUGAUUCCUCAUCGAAUUCAGCUCAUUUUGUACAAAAUUGUUCGUAUGUCGCCAGUUCAACAUUAGAUAGUCAUCCACAGAUUUCGACGCUUGACGAUCAACAGACGACAAGAAUUCUGUCGAUGAAUAUUCCGGUUGAUAAUAGUAAUAAUCAUAUCAAUGAAGUUCCUACGAGUUCUUCGACAUUAAACAUUGAAAUCGAAGAAGAUGAUGACGAUGAUGAACAACAAACGCCAAUGUGCAAUGAACAUUCCGAUGAGAACGAACAAUUGGAAGUUUUCGUUGGAUUUUAUCGACCGGGAGAAUAUCAGCGUGAAACAAUGGAGGAGGAGGAAGAAGAGGACGAUGACGACGACGACGACGACGAUGAACAGAGAAGUGAUACAAGUUUGAAAUCGGAUGCACAGAAAAAAGAAGAACAGUCAAUUCGAGAAUUAAUUAGCGAUGAUGAUGAAGGUAAUGAAGAUCAAGAUUUCAUUGAUGAAGACUUCGGUCCUAAUCAAGAUGAAGAUACCGAUCAAAUCCAACCGGAUAAUGAAAAUAUCAGUGAAGAAACAUUAAAUCCAAAUAUUCUUGAUCAUGAUCAGCAACAACAACAACAACAACAACAGCAACAGCAGCAUAUCGAAGCCAAUGAACCAAUUCUAUUUCCUAUUGUUAUUGUACAGAUUGAUGAAGAUGAAGAUCAAGGUUUUGGUGCCCAAUUCAAUGAUGAUUGUCAAUCAAGUGACGAUGAAAAUAAUCAUGUCUCAACACUUUCACUAAAUAAUCAGAUCAAUGAAAAUGAGUUGGUAUGCUCGAAAAAGCAAUCCUUACCUCAACGCUCACAAUCAGAUACGAAUUUAUAUCGGAGACACUGGACUAGAUUUCAUUCCCUUCCAACGCUAUCGAGACACUUGGAGAAUCAUUUUGACAAAGUUGAGCAUAUUAUUAUCGAUGAUCAGCAGCCAUUAACAACGAUGUCGAAUUUCUUAAUCAAGAAAAAGCCAGACAAUGAGGAGGAUUAUUCGACUCUACGCAAGAAACAGCUUCUAAGAAAAUCUUCCGAGGAAAUUAUUGAAAUAUCCAAUCAUGAGUCCCCAUUACAGACAAUGGUUGUCGAAGCUGUUCGUGAUGUUGAACGUCAUGUUAUGUUGUGGGAUGAUGAACAUGCUCGACAAAUCGAUGAUCAAUCAUCUGUACAGCAAAUAGUGCAAUAUUUUCAAUUGAAUAUUGAUAUAAAUCAAAAUCAACAGUCACGAAUAGUAUCGGUUCGAAGAGAAUUAUUGCUUGAUUAUCUUCAAUACCGAAGUGAAGCUAACAUAUCUGCAAGUGAUUUGUGUGAAAAUCUUUUACAAUAUCCGGAAUUUGCUUCUCAUAUCCACUGUCGAUUCUUUCCUUUUUGGCCACCGCGUGAUGUUGACCUGUUACAAUGGCUUUCUCAUUGGCUUAAACAAGGUGCUCUGCCUGUCGCUAUAAUGAACAUGGAUCAUUUCCACUCUCAGAAACAAAUUCUAAAUCUUAAUUCAAUCUCAUCGUGGCAACAUCGUAUGGUCUAUGGCGUUGACCCUCGUGGUAUUUAUCUGAUGAACCCUAUGCAAAUUCAAUCACCUCAGCAGGUUUACGAACAGCUCACUGCUGAUUCUAUAACUUAUAUAUCAUGUUACGAAAUCGUUCAACGGUAUAAUCAAUCACCGACAUCGUUGACUCCUUUAGCCAAAUCGAAUAAUCCAUCGAAGCUGUUUGCGGAUACGAGGUGGCGUACAAUGAAUGUGCUUGGACAAGUUGUUAAUGUUCUACGUGAAGACCGUCAAUUGCAUGAAAAUGAAACACGUAAUAUUCCAUAUCGUCCAACGGUUACGCAUGUUCGAAUACCUUCAACAUGUUCAUCCGGUAUGUUAAUAUUCUCAAAAGAUUAUAAUCAAUUAUUAAAUGCGAUGGAUUUACCAUUGAGACAAUGA